AAAAAAUUUCCAUAUUCAUUCAUUGUAAGCAAAACCCUUUGAACAAAAAUACCAAAACCCUAAAAACCAACAUCAGGCUACCGGAAACCCAGAAUCGGCGCCGAUCAGAAGCAAUUCAGCUGCCAUGGCUAGCACUAAAGUUCAGAGGGUCAUGACCCAACCCAUUAACUUGAUCUUUAGGUUUCUUCAAAGUAAAGCGCGCAUUCAGAUUUGGCUCUUUGAGCAAAAGGAUUUGAGGAUUGAAGGAAGAAUCAUUGGUUUUGAUGAGUACAUGAAUUUGGUUUUGGAUGACGCUGAAGAAGUAAAUGUGAAGAAGAAGAGCAGAAAGACAUUAGGGAGGAUCCUUCUUAAAGGAGACAACAUAACUUUAAUGAUGAACACUGGGAAAUGAUGAUGAGCACAUAGGUACAAUUGUUCCCAUCCAACAAGAAGGCUGGUUUAUCUUUACCUUUGCUGUUUAAUUACUAUUUCUCUUGUCAAUAUGUUGAAUAUGCUGUAUGAGAAAUAUUAUGUUGACAUUAUGAAAAUUUUCUGCACCAGACAAAUACUUGGCUUAUUGGUUCUCUUAGUUAUGCCUUCUUGACAUUAUGUCCUGAAUUAAUGCCUGGAUUCCAGCAUGAAAGGCAACUAACUGUAUUGUGAUUGAGAAAGUAUAAUACCGAUAUUAUAACCUUCUUCCA